AUGAAGAUGCACAUAAUCAAGUUCAUGAAACGUCUGAUAAAGAAUAAACGUCCAGGACGACACUUCUUCAGCAAAAAGACACAUAAAAAGUGCAAGAAAAAUCCAGACCUGCAAUCAGAUGAGGAAAUCAACAGCUCAUGUGCUCCAAUCAACUAUGAUGCUGCAGGUGAAGUACGAAUCACUCAAGUAUAUCAUGAAAGUGAUGAGGAGGUGACUGUGUCUAGUGUUGCUUCCAGCAUGUCCACAGUAAUGAUCUUGCCUGCUCCUGAAAUCUUAACGACUGUCAAACUAGUAAAGUUUCGACUUUCUAAUGAUUCCAAACUGAGUGGAACAGUAAUGGUGGCCAAUCUAGCGUAUCACAAGAAUAUCUUCAUACGAUGGACAGACAACAACUGGGCCUCAUACCAGGACACAAUGGCGAGCUAUGAUGACAGCUCUGAGGGGUUCUCUCACGACUGGUUCAAAUUCACCAUUGACUCUGACUCAGUUUGCAAGGACACUGAUGGUGGAGUGUGUUUUGAACUAGCUGUGGCCUACCAGGUCAAUGGAAUGGAGUUCUGGGACAACAAUGAAGAGAAAAACUACACAAUAUUAUCUACUCAACAGGUAUAA